GGUCAGCGGCCCCCGGUCAUGGGAGAGGAGGGGCCGACCCCCCGUGGGCGAGGCUGGCUGGCGGCCCUGCUCCGGCUGCUGCUGCUGCUAGCCACGGGCAUACGAGGAUCCUGGCCAGUGGUCGCCCGCGUCCCUGCUCCAGCUCCAGUGGAGGCAGCGACUGAGGAGCCCAGGCGGCAGGCGGGUGGCGCGCAGCGGUUGGCGCCAGGAGCAGUGUGCGGGAGGCCCAAGGUGACGGGGAAGAUCUACGGUGGCCAGGAUGUGCUGGCCGGCCAGUGGCCUUGGCAGGCCAGCCUGCUGUACCAGCACACACACAUCUGCGGAGCUGUCCUCAUCGACUCCCUCUGGCUGGUGUCCACUGCCCACUGCUUUCUCAACAAAUCCCAAGCCCCAGCAGACUACCAGGUUCUGUUGGGAAGCACACGGCUGUACCAGCACGGCCAGCACACCCGGGAGAUGUCUGUGAGCCGGAUCAUCGUGCACCCAGACUUUGAGAAGCUUCACCCCUUCGGGAGUGACAUAACCAUGCUGCAGCUGCACGUGCCUGUGAACUUCACCUCCUACAUUGCCCCCGCCUGCCUCCCUAGCCCCGGCAUGCAGCUGUCCAGCAACUUGUCCUGCUGGAUAACCGGCUGGGGGAUGCUCAGCGAGGACCAACAUCUGCACUCGCCCUUCCAUCUCCAGGAGGGUAAGGUGAGCCUCAUUGAGAACAAGUUCUGUAACAUCUUAUACAGACGAAAACUUAGCAACAGCAAGACCUACUCAGUGCAGGAGGAGAUGUUGUGUGCUGGUGAUUUCUCGACAGGAAGGGCCACCUGCCACGGCGAUUCCGGGGGGCCCCUCGUCUGCAACCUCCUCAGUGCCUGGGUUCUGGUGGGGCUGGCCAGCUGGGGCUUGGACUGCCGGCACCCUAUCUACCCCAGCGUCUUCACCAGGGUUGACUACUUCACCGACUGGAUUGACAAGAUCCAGAGGCUCACACCUCCCCCUGAUCCCACGUCUGCUCCUCAGACGCAGUUUCCAGAUCAGCCUUGGCAGACUGCUGGCUCGUCCGGGCACAGCACAACCUUCAUGUCUCCCCAGACCUGGUUCCUGCUGCUGUUCAUGCUCAGGGGCCCGCAGCAGGCCCUGUGGUGACCCUCCGAGCCCCUCUGUCCUGCUCUCUGCCUCAGGCCCCAGUCUGCUCGCUGGAACCUUCCACACCUCCCCUUCCCCAGCCCCGCUGGCUCUCAGUGGUUCGUUCUCCUGGACUCUCCUGUCCAUCAGCUGCCAUCCCCCAAGCCAAGCCUGAAACAAAACAAAACAAAAGCAAAUAAAAGACUCAUCUCACUCCUGUCUUGGGACCCCAUUGCCCCUCCUUCCCUUGAGGUAAGUCAGCUGGCUCCCUGUGCAAGGAAAAGGGACUCAUCAGGGAGACUGUCCCAGGAGGUACCCAGGGCUGCCAGCUGGGAAGAGAGCAGACCAUCUCCACUCAGACCCUGCUCCUGCCUCAGGGACCAUGCAGGCCUUCAGAGGAAGUGUGUCAGUCAGCACAGGCUGCAUAACAAACAUCAGAGCCCAGGCAGCUUCAACAGCAGGAAUUUAUCAUCUCCCAGUCCUGGAGGCUGCAAGUCUAAGAUCCAGGUGUGGGCAGGGCAGGUUUCCCCUGAGGCCUCUCUCCUGCCAUGUAGAUGCUGUCUUCCCUCUGUGUUCUCAUGGGGUCAUCACUCUUUGUGUGUCUGUGUCCUGAUCUCCUCUUCUUCACAGGGACACUGGUCAUUUGGGAUUAGGGCCAACCUAGUGGCCUCAUGUUAAUCACCUCUGUAAAGAUCUUAUCUCCAAAUGAGCCACAUUCUGAGGCACUGGGAGUUAGGUCUCCAAUAUAUAAAUUUGGGGGAACACAAUUCAACCCAAAUUUGAAGUAAGACAUUUCACUAGAUGUCUACACUGCAAGGGAACAAGAGUUUCCCCAAAGUAGAGAAACACCAUUCAAGAGGUUUGGAGGAGGGAGGACAGACUCCCCAUGGAGGUGGACAAAAGUUCCCAGAGUGCAGGGUGACUGAGUUGGACUGGGGUGCAUGACCCAGGCCAUACUGUGGCCACCAGUAUAGAGGGCUCUCAGACAUGGAGGGUCUAUGAGAGUGAGUCAGAAGCAGAAGAGGCCAGAUGCCAGGCUGAGAGUCAAAGUUCAGGCCGGCAGUCCUCAGACCUCUGUUCCUAGAGCUGACUGCCAACACCUUCCUCACCUGUCCUCACAGCCCCACCCCCCCCCAGUUUGAAGGGGCCCAAGUCCAGUGAAACUGCUCCCUGCUUCCCACAAGCCAGUCCGCCUGAGGUGUCCACACACCUUCAGCAGCUGGAUCCUGGUGUCACCUUUUAUGCUUAGCUGACCCAGGACAUAGUGGCCUGGCAAUAUGCCUUGAAGCAAUGUUCCAGGGCAUCCUUCCUGGCAGUGUGCCUGACAAAGGCCCUUGUGCAGCCAGCGUAGCCCCAGCCGCACAAUGCACCCACUCCAGCCCCCAGACCCACAAUAAGGUGGGAAAGCUCCUAUCUGAUGCAUGUCCAAUGCAGACCAAGUGGCAUUUGGAGGGUUCAGCGCAAAUUCUUUCCAAUUCUGGCAUUGCUUAAAUACCCUGGAUCCUUGUUGGCAGGUGGGCACAAGUGGACUCACAUGCCUAUUAACCCUGGGCUCUCACUGAUGCAGGAGGCCCCUUCCAGGAUGAUCUUUGGAGGCUUCAGGAAAGUGUCUUCCGGGGCACCUGGGAGGCUCAGUCGGAUGAGCAUCUGAAUCUUGAUUUCAGCUCAGGUCAUGAUCUCAUGGUUCAUGGGAUCAAGCCCUGUGUCGGGCUCUGCACUGACAGCAUGAAGCCUGCUUGGGAUUCUCUCUCCUUCUCUCUCUCUCUCUCCCCCCCUCUCUCUCCCCAUCUAAGUAAAUAAUAAACUUUAAAGUGUCUUCCCAGGGCUCACAUCCCUGCCCAGGCCAUCCCUCUGGCUGGAGUCCCACUAGUGCAGUGCCCUAUGCCUGGCCAUGUGCCCGCCAGCAGCUCAGCUGUCAAUGGAAGGGGAAAGAGGAUGCCUUCCCUCGGUGGUAGAUUCACUUGUGGGGCCCCGGGCAGGGCUGCUCAGGCCCCUGGAUGCCAGUGAGUUACUGAGAUGGCGUGCGGUUGACGCACACUCUCACAAGCUCAGGGCAGCUCAGGCAGUUGAGCUGGAGCGUCAGCUGCUCUUCUGGUCCUAAACUAUCCUGCAAGCAUGGCAGCCACGGCUGGCUGUGCUCUGGAGCCUGCCUGCUGCUGCAGCUAGGGGAUUCCUGCCCCUCCCGAGGUUCUCAGACCUCUGAUGGAGGCAUCCCACACAUACCUCACCCACAUGACAGAACAACCAGCUUUUAGCUGCAACCCAACCAGUUUCCCCAUCACUUGCAACCAGCUCAGUGCUCAGUACUAGCCUGCUUUAGCUUCCUUCUAAAGAUGAAACGAAGCCCGGUAGGGUUCUGCAGCAGAUGUAGAGAUGGCACAGGCCAUAAGCAGUGGAACAAGGGCUCGAACCUACAUCUCUCUCCCCAAGAGCUGGAGCCCCUUGUUAUUCUGGCUCCAACAGGCUGCAAGUAGAUGACCGUUACACU